AUGACGGAAGCAACUAUGGCAGUACAGACAUAUGGUCGUAAAAAAACCGCGACCGCUGUUGCUCAUUGCAAACGUGGAAAAGGCCUUAUUAAAAUUAACGGAUCACCUAUCCAUUUAGUUGAGCCAGAAAUUCUAAGAUUUAAGGUUUACGAACCUAUAUUACUUUUGGGACAAGAUCGAUUCGCUAAUGUAGAUAUCAGAGUUCGAGUAAAAGGUGGUGGACAUACAUCCCAGGUCUACGCUAUCCGUCAAGCAAUCGCUAAAGCAAUAGUUGCUUUCUAUCAAAAGUAUGUCGACGAAGCACAGAAAAAGGAAAUCAAGGAUAUUCUCAUCCAUUAUGAUAGAUCUUUGUUGGUUGCUGAUCCCCGUCGCUGUGAACCAAAGAAAUUUGGAGGUCCAGGUGCCCGUGCACG